AUGGUUGUAAUUCUAAUUGUCGGUAACAUUAAGUCUUACUGCCUUGUUUGGGAUCAGAUCCGAUGGAGAUCAAUAGGUCUUUCCUAUCGUAGUUUCAUCACAUUGCAGCAUGGCUGGUGGAAAUUGCUACAUGCGGCAGCCAGUGCAUCUGAUUCUGCGGCUCCCCAACUGACUCAGAGUCUGCUCCCCCCCAUCAAUAUCCCAAUCUACCUAGACAGUCACGGUAGGAAUGCGAGCAAUGUCAUUGCCGUCGCCAUCGCCGCCGUGGUUCAUGUCCCCCCACCGUUCUUUCAACACCGUGACAGCCUGGUGCCCGCCAACAUGCAGUUCAUCGAAGAAAUUAGUUCCCUGUUUGCAGGCAAUCUGGAGCCUGGUGUCGACAUACCACCUCUUCCCCCUUUGCCUACAAACUAUGGUGCACUCGCGCAUCAUUCCUCCAAUCCCACGUACAUUCUGUACAACAUGGAGGCACCCGUGUCUGUUUGCCCUCCAGAUACCAGUCACCCUGUGUCUCAGAUGCGCGAUGACAUCGCGAACGUCGAGCCCACUCAAAUCAAACCUCCUGAGAUCAUCUCUGACUCAUCACUCUAUCCUCCAUACCUCAGUGCCUUCCUCCCUGAAUUCGGUCAACUACCAGCCCUUUCUAAGGGCGGGGAUGCAUUGUUACCACCAGGUUGUGAUGACGAGCCUCCUCUAACCCCCGACGAGGAUACAGCAGCACCCCAAGAAGACUUGCGCGGGGCCAAGCACAUGCCAGAGCUUCCUCAUCUUAGAUAUAAUGAAAAAAUCAAGCUUUAUACUAACAUUGUGAACUGUGCAAAGAAGAACAUCAUGAGACACGCCCUCAAUGUCCGCUCGUUAUCGGACGAGGAAGACAGAACUGUCAUAGUCGAGACCACAUUGAAGGAAGCGGCCAUUCGAUAUAUGAAUGCCAAAGGAUCCCAGUGGGCAUCAUACAAUUCCGGGCAGUUUUGCCAUAAAAAUGCCUGCAAUCUCGUCAAGGAUGGAUUCGAUCUGCGGCUUUCUAUAUGGUCCCAAGCUUCUGAACGCGAGCAUAUGGAAAAUGCCAUCACACACCUCCUCGACGAUCAGGUUUUCCCCCCUAAUUUCAUUAUGGGGCUGGGCACAGAUAACCUGUGGCACUUCCUUGAAAACAAGGUCGUGCUGAAUGUCAUGUUGGACACUGUUCGGGAGCUCAAUCUCAGCUGGCAGCUGACGGAUGUCAAUAGUCUUGCUUGCACGGCUGCUGUUGCAGUUUGCUAUGCCUUGGAGAGAGUGAGGCCCAGUGGGGGUGACAUCCCCGAUAAUGAAUUUUCGGGUGCAACCUUCAAGGACUUGUACACAAGACUGAUGAAUUACAUUACAGAGGUUGUCCUGUGUGAGCUCGCCUGCAAAAAUCCCCAAGACUACUACCUUCCGCUUGCCCUGCAGCUCUUCCAUCUCUUAACCACAUCGUCUAACAACUGGAUGCUCAUCAAAAUCAUCAAGUUGUUUGGUUCUCUCUCGCCUCAUGAACCGUGGCUCGUAAAGAAAUUGCAACCACAGAGUCCGCAUGCGUGCGCUAGAUCUGCUUUCAGCACUCCAUUGCAGGUCAAUCGAGACAAUCUACAAUCAAUUGUGCAGCAGGUGUUGUCCCAUCUUGUCAAGCCCGAGUCUUCUGCCAUUCCCACAUCAUCCCGUCAGUGGACGGGGAGCUUCCUCGAAGACCUCAAGACAGCUGUUGAUAUCAUGAUCAAACAGAUGGAACAAUUUGCGUCAAGCACCCAGAUCCCCUGCUUCAAAGUUGAGGGCGGAUCGAUCGACUCAAAGACCCACUGGUCUCGAGCAAAUACCCAGGACUUGAUGCUUGGAUAUAGCCUGCCUGCCUUUUCGAAGGGCAACCCAACCUCAUUCCUUGCUGGAAUGGCACAUGCGAGCGGGCUUAUCAAAAAGGGAUUGGAGUAUCGGAAAGUUCUCGAGAUAUACCAUGCCACCACUGGCAGGGUCAUCUGCUGGUGUUGUCAUCACGCCACAACUGUUACUAACUCCCGCGCCAUCCUCACGGCACCAAACUAG